CUCCUCCUUGUGGCCCCUGGGCCCCUGUACCGCACGGAGGGCUCCUCGGUCUCCCUCUGGUGUAAUGUCAGCGGUGUGUCUGUGGUGUCAUUUGAAUGGUCGAUGUUCCCGGCACAUCAGCCCCGGCGGAAGCUGCAGAUUGUCAGCUCUGCGGACCCGGAAUUCUCCUACGCCAUAUACCAGGAGCGGGUGAGGGGCAGGAGGGACAUCUACCUGGAGAGGGUGAGAGGAGACAUCGCCCGACUUCACAUCACCCACCUGAGGGCCCAGGAUGCCGGGGAGUAUGAGUGCUACACCCCCACACACACCUACCCGGGGGGGUACAGUGCCAGCGUGACCCUGAAAGUGAUCCCGGCCGUGCUGCAAGUCUCUGUGCCCUCGCCCCAGGAGCUGACACUCCAUGCAGAUGACACCCUGAGGAUGGUAUGUGAAGUCUCCUCCAGCAACGCCCGGCACACACACUUCUCUGUCACCUGGUACCGGGAGGACUCUACCAAGCCCCUCCUCCACCUCUCCAAACUCUCCAUCGUAUCGGCAGGACCUUCCUUCCAGGACCGUCACCUGGCUGGCCACCUCCGGCUGGAGAAGGUGUCACCCAUCUGGUAUCAGCUGACCAUGUCCAACCUGCAGCCCACCGACCAGGCCGAGUACUACUGCCAGGCAACCGAGUGGAUCCAAGACCCGGACUGGACCUGGUACCCACUGACCACCUUAAGGAGUCGGGCAACACGAGUCUUGGUGCGGUCACCAGGGACCCUGUUAAUGGAUGGAGCACCAGGUAAUGAAGGAGGAGGGCGGGGACAGCUGUCUAUGGUGGACAGACCCGGCAAGGGUUAA